ACGCCGGGCGGAUGUAAGAUUCGCCGAUCCCGGGGACGGCCGGCCUACUCCAUGAUUCGGGAACCUUCACGUACGCCAUGUCACCCGAUCCGUGCAAACUGUCGCCUUUGUAGCGUUCUUCCGUAGCUGACAAACGAUCCUUGUUCUCCUAACAAAGCUCUCCUCAUGUUUGCGCAUUCGUGAAGAUUUCCUUCUCUUCAUACAACUCACUGAUCGCAGCUUCCAUAACACCAGCGCAGCUCUCCACCGCUAAGUCGCCCCACCAGUCAACUGUCAUCACGCGCCACGCCUUCGAAGCUCCCUCACCUGUAUCACUCCGUACACGUAUAUCACUCCAUCUCUCCAGUCGACCCAUCACACCAUGCCGAUUCGCAUCCGGUUACGCGCGCCCAAUGGCACCCACACACUAUCACUCGACGACAACGCCGCCGUCUCGGAUCUUCUCUCCUCUAUCAGCGAAAAGACAGAACUACCACUCUUCGAGCUGAAAUGGAACCACCCGCCCCAACCGCUCGACCCUUCCCUAUACGGCAUGUCGACGUUGCUGAAGGAUAUCGAUCUCAAGCUGAACGGCGCGUCCAUCAUAGUCAUUGCACAAGCCACGGGCGACCCGAGUGAGCGGAAACAGGAGCAAGAACUACAAGCAAAUACAUCACAGGCGGCGCCGCUAUCCCUUCAACGGAAGCAGAACUCAGCGCUCAAAGAAACGCCUGAAGUUCCCGUGCCUGAUCGCGGUGGCACUAUGGUCCUUCGCGUUAUGCCUGACGACAACUCCUGCAUGUUCCGAGCUGUUGGUAGCGCCGUUCUGACCGAUUCUCUCGAUUCCAUGACCGAGCUUCGAUCGAUGGUUGCGCAAGCUAUUCAAAGAGACCCGGAACAGUACAACGAAGCGAUCCUGCAACGCUCUCCAGAUGAGUACUGCAAAUGGAUAUCGUACGCCGACUCGUGGGGUGGUGGCAUCGAACUCAGCAUUCUCUCUCAAGAGUUUGACAUCGAGAUCGCCAGUGUCAAUGUUCAAGACAACCGGGUGGACCGAUUUAACGAGGGCAGACCGCGGCGCUGUAUCGUGGUGUAUUCUGGUAUCCACUACGACACGAUCGCCUUCGUGCCCCAGGGUGCGUCAACGCAAGAUCCUUCGCAAGAUGUCAAGAUAUUCGAUGCGGCGGACGAUGUGAUUCUUGAAGCUGCGAGAGAACUCUGCGGGCAGCUGAAGAAAGCCCAUUAUUACACUGAUACACAGAAAUUCGACCUCAAGUGCAACACAUGUGGUUGGAAGGGGGCAGGAGAACGGGGAGCGAUGCAGCACGCAGCCGAAACUGGACAUAGUGACUUCGGAGAGGCAGACUAAUCGAUCUUUUGAUACCCGUGGACGCCUUUAAUAGGUCUUGUACCAUUUGCCAUGUCAACAUUGUAUUUACGUUCUCUGUACUAGUAUCAAAUACAUCGAUGGCAGUCUCUUUCGGCUCGCUCUUGGUCACCAUGAGCCACAGCGAAAUUCCAAAAUCUUGUUAUAACUUACACUGAAAGGUGAAUAUGUUCUGUGGAAGCAUUUUUAUCUAGACAG